GAUUUUUUUUUUUUUUCGAUGCCCACCUUCAUAGCUAGGUAGGUACCCUAUGCACACAGGAAGCACCACCCAAUACCCAGCUUUCUGCACUUUCUUAGCACUCCAGUGCUGGCUUACCCUUGCGCAUUCCCCGCAUAAAUCUCAAAACACUGAUAGGUAGUACCAAGAAAGGUGUAAUACUUUUCAUCAGAAUUGACGAUAGUAUUGAUGACUCGAGCUCUGACCACCCUCAAAGUGAGGCCGCAUCGUGGUGGGCUUUUCUAUUCGAUCUUCUAGAGCCCCUCCGUCCAGUCUUUUCCUGACACAUUACCACCUCUUAAAACUUAUAUGUGCCUUACGGUUCUGAGAGACCACUCCUUAUUAUUGAUUUAAUUUUCCUAGCAACGCUCAUUACCAUGUUUUCGCGCUGGUCGUUCGCCGCACCCAUUCGCCACGGAGAGCCAUCAAGUUAUCAAAAGGACGCUCGCGGACAUCGUCGCGGCUCUUGCGACCAUUCCCGCGAUGGAAAAAGAAUAGGAUUCUUCGACAUCGAUACAACCGUGAGCCGCCGAGAGUCGAUUUUUGCCACUGUAAAGGAGAAUUCGCAGCUAGAUCAGGCGGUCGAAAUAUUGAAGCAGAAAUUCCCGACUGGCAACCGACGCAUUCCAGAUGACGCUCAAGUACAGUUCUUCUGGGACGACAAACGCCUAGAUGGACCUGAUAUUCCCAACGAGGCCCAGGUCCUAACGUAUCGUGUACUGAAAGCGGGCGAUGACGGCUCCAUCCGAAUUAUCUGGCAAGGCACUGGUCUAAAGCUCCCCAAACCCCAACUCGAAGCAAUCGCCCGUGGAGUCGCAGAAGGAAAGACCGUAGGCAGUAUUCGCGAAAUCAUAGCAGAGCUAUUGCGAGCCUCCAACGAAUCUAAAGCACACCUUGUCAAAGACGCCAACCAAAUCAUAGUCGAGGCCACUGGUGGCUUGAGACCGAGUCCCCUGCAGGGAAACAGCUGGGAAGCACGUAAAGUGCAGAAUUGGCUUUGCCGUUAUCUAACCAUUGACCUUGUGCCGGUCGGCGAGUUCUUUGUUCUCCAUGGAUUCAACGAGAAAUACGUCUAUCACAAACCUACUCACACAGAGGUACCGAGGAUUAAGGGUUGGUUAAAGGAUCACGUCUUCUCGUCGGUGUACAUCCGAAGACCGCGCCGACGCAACAUCGGCAUCGAUAUCGGUGACAUCAAGCUGUUCUACCGUGGGCGACUAGCUAAGAGAAGUACCCACAUCCGCUUAGGUAGUGUCAUCGACUUUGAGGUACCUCGCGCAUUCGAGAAUAAGUUUCUCCGAAUUGAAGCGUGGCUAGUACCCCUGACGGAGACAUGCAUCGUGUGUAACGACGAGAAGAGAAUUUCGGAAAUGCCGAAUAAGAAACGCAUUACCUCCUCUUGCAAGCAUAACUCCGAGAUGUGCAAGGGUUGCAUUGCUCAGUGGAUUACUACCAGCUUGGACACCACCACUUGGGAUCACCUUCGAUGCCCCGAGUGCCCUCAACUCCUUACGUACGAGAAUGUCCGAGCAUUCGCCAGCCCCGAGGUAUUCCAGAGAUAUGACACACUUGCAAUGCGAGCCUUAGUCUCAAGCAUCCCGGAAUUCGUUUGGUGUUGCAACCCCCGCUGUAGCUUCGGCCAGAUUCAUCCCACUGGCUGUUCCCGCGCGAAAUGCCACGAAUGUAAGCGCUCCCUAUGCGUAAGACACAAUAUUCUUUGGCAUAAAGGGGAGACUUGCGAGGAGUAUGAGAGACGCCGCCAAAGGAACCAGAAGAACAACGAGGCAUCCGAGAAAUGCAUCCAGGAGAUCGCCAAGCCAUGCCCAGGAUGCAAGAGGAAUAUUUUUAAGUACACUGGAUGCGAUCAUGUUACGUGUACCUGUGGCCACGAAUGGUGCUGGCUGUGUUUCGGAGAGUACUACCGCGAUCAGCGCGAAUUCCUACAAUGCCGUCACAAGAUGGAAUGCGAAUACCGCAGAAACCCACCGGGCUACGAAGGAGGCAGAGCAUUUAUGCCUUUCCUCAACAUCCCCGGCGAGCAAGGACACGCUCGCCGUGCGGCGCCACCACCGCCACCACGACGACAAAUUCAAGUACCGAGAGGCCGACGGGAACGACGACCGUUAGAGGAACUCUUACCAAACCAAGGAAAUAUCCCCCAUCUUCCUCCUAUGAUGGACCGCGAAGAAGCCGAUCGCCUACGCCGUGGAAUGUAUGGAGAGAAUGUUCCGCCUAACCUUCAUCAAAACGAUGAACUCCGAGGGCAGGGACGAGGUCUCGCGGCGCGAGAUCAGAUGCUACUCUUUGAACUUAUGAAUGAAGAAGCCCUUGGACUUGAGAGAGAACGCCGGUUUUAUGAAGGACUUAGAUUCGCACCACGCCAUCGAUAAGGAAGGGAGCAAAACUCGUUUCGUCAUCGGUCUGCGGCCUACAGGUCGUAAUAUUCAGGGACGGUUCCCUCUUACACAAUUUCCUGAGAACGA